GUUCGGGAGAAAGUUUGCAUUGCACUUGAAGGGCCGCCGUCCGCCGACACACUGCGUUCUCACUACACAUAUCCAAGAUGUUCUGCAAAAACGGAGUCAGGAUGAUGCAAAAUUUGCAGAGAACCUCCGUGCUGAGGUGCAUGGCUCGCAAUCAGGUUGCACUCAGGGGCAUCGGCACAUCCUCCGUCCUCAGGGAUUCGUUCAAAGUGCAAGACAUGGACGACUUUAAGGACAAAGUCCUCAACAGUGAGGUGCCUGUCGUGGUCGAUUUUUUUGCAACGUGGUGUGGACCUUGCAGACUAUUAACCCCGAGGAUCGAGUCCGUCAUCGCCGAGGAAAAUGGAAAAGUGAAUUUGGCCAAGGUGGACAUUGAUGAGCUUACAGAUCUGGCUUUUGAAUAUGAUGUUACUUCAGUCCCAGUGUUAAUUUCAAUGAAAGGUGGCAAGGAACAGGAAAGGAUGGUCGGACUGCAGGAUGCUGAUAAACUGAGGUCAUUUGUAUCAAGACUUGCUCCCAAGAAGUAAAAAUCUUAAAUUUUGUUAUGUUGAUGAGCUUAUCUCUUGUAUCUCUGUCGCGUCAUUACAAUCGGGUUGUUGGAAAUUCUCAAAACAGAUCCUAAUUCUGCCAACUUGGUCGUCUUGACAGAAUAUUUGUUUUAAGCUGCAACAUCGAAACUUUUGCAUUUUUGUUUGUUCGAGUAUCUAACAUGUUACGUGCAAAGGAAAAUAAUAAAAAAUAGACUUUAUAAAACUUAAAA